AUGCUGCGCGUGGCUAGGAGCGAGUCAACUGGCUACCGCAUGGUAGACCUCUGGAAAGGCUACUUCAACCAAUGGUCGCUCUACUUUAAAUACAGUGAAAGAUCGCUUUUCCAGACUCAAGCUCCUCCACUCUUGCAUCUUGUUAACGUUUUUAUACUGCUACCAAUGCUGUUCUUCACGAUCUCCCUUCUCGCUCUUGGUGCUAGUUCCGUUUUUGCGGUUCCUCACCUCAAUGCUACGAUCCCUCGUCUAUGUGGCACUUCACCCAGUGCCGAGAAAAUUGCCGCAGCGGAAGCUCAUUUCGUUGCUAACAAGUUAUCUCCGAAGGUGUCUGCAACUGCGACUACUAUCAGCGUGUACUGGCAUGUCAUCCAAGCAGGGACUUCGUUGACACAGGGAAACAUUCCCGAUAGUCAAAUCACUGGUUCGAUUAGUGCGAUGAACACGCAUUACGCCAGCUCUGGUCUCACUUUUGUCCUUGCUGGUACCACUCGCACCACUAAUGCUAAUUGGUUCAACUCUGCUGCACCCGAUACCUCCUACCAAACCGCAAUGAAGACUGCGUUACGUCAAGGUAGUGCUGCAGCUCUCAACGUUUACACAGUUGGAUUCAAAUCUGGCUCUGGUGCCGGUCUGCUCGGCUAUGCUACCUUCCCCUCUGACUAUGCUAGCAACCCCAAGGAUGAUGGUGUUGUUAUUCUGUACUCUUCAGUUCCUGGAGGUUCCGCCACCAACUACAAUCAGGGCAAGAGCUUGACCCAUGAGACAGGUCACUGGCUCGGUCUCUACCACACUUUCCAGGGUGGUUGCUCUGGCUCAGGUGACUACGUUAGCGAUACCCCUCCUGAGGGAUCUGCUGCCUCUGGCUGUCCCACUGGCCGUGAUACUUGCUCUGGUGGAGGCGUCGACCCUAUUCACAACUACAUGGACUACUCUUAUGAUUCCUGCAUGACCGAGUUUACCGCCGGUCAGAUCACUCGUUUCAAGUCGCAGAUUGCUACCUACCGUGGCCUAUAA